AUGUAUAUCCCAAGCUUUGUAUUUGGUGAAAACCACAGGGAUAAUCUCAAGAUUUCACUUGAAGACAUAAACUUGGCCACUAAUAACUUCAGUGAUAACAACCUCAUUGGAAGAGGAGGAUCUGCGAGAGUUUACAGAGGGGAAGUUACUCGCGCUAACCGAUGUCAUACAGUUGCUGCAAAACGAUUGAAUAGCGAUGGUGGUCAACACAAAAAUGAAUUUAUGACGGAACUUGAAAUUCUUCAGGAUUAUAAACAUGAGAGUGUCAUUAGUCUUGUAGGCUUUUGCUACGAAAUUGUCGAAAAUAUUAUUGUUUAUGAAUUUGCAUCUAGAGGAAGUCUAGUUAUGCACUUGAAGGACUAUGCCCUUACAUGGAUGAAACGGCUUCAGAUAAGCAUUGAUAUUGCCAGCGGGUUGGAUUUCCUUCAUGGAUCUGGAGGUGAUAGACAAGAGGUGGUGAUACAUAGAGACAUCAAAAGCUCAAGCAUUCUACUCACUGAUGAUUGGAAAGCAAAAAUUUGUGAUUUUGGGCUUUCAUUAAUAAGUCCAAUAAAUAGUGAAAUGGACUUUGUCACCGACAAUGCUUGUGGCGCAAUAAAUUAUCGUGACCCAGUGUACUUGAAACUCGGCUACUUAACAGCGCACUCUGACAUCUACUCGUUUGGUGUAGUUUUAAUUGAGAUCUUAUGUGGAAGAUUAGUACAUGAAGACAACAGUAUCCAAAUUGCAGAUCUAACAGAUUUGUAUAAAAAUCAUUAUGAAAAUGGAACACUAAAUGAGAUCGUGUUUGGAGGUAUAAAGGAACAAGUUGUGCCAGAAUCAUUGAUUACAUUUCAAAAUCUUGCUUAUGAAUGCUUAUAUCAUGAAAGAGAAAAGCGACCAACAACACAUGACGUGCUACUACGACUGAAGAAAGCAUUGGAAUUUCAAGAAGAUUAUGUAAUAUGGAAGCCCAAAUUGCCUAAUGACUAUGAAGAAAUAUUCAAGAUGUCAAAUUCUUGUGAUGUCUACUCUACCGAAAAGAAAAAGGAACUCUACAACAUGCUCUGCAAAGGAAUCCUUCUUCAACAUGACAAAGUGUUGUUUUCACUAGGAGAUAAUGGAGAAAGAAAUGAAAUGAUAUCAGCACGAAAGUUUUCAUACAAACACAGUCUGUCACAUAAGUGGCAAUCUAUUCCAGAAUCAAGGUUUCCUAAAGUAGCAAAGAUGUCAGAUCUCUCGAAUCUAAAGAUCCGAUUAAAGAUAAGACCUCAACUUUUAGCUCGUGGUGUCAAUUAUAGUGUUCGUCUCUUCUUUAAAUUUUGUGGUCCAAGAAAAUCUCUAGCUAAAGGGAUGUACGUGAACUUGAAGUACAAAUUGGGGAUCGAGACCUUACAUGCAUAUUUUGCAACUUGGAGAGAAGAUGGAUGGAUGAUGAUUGAAUUGUGUCGAUUCUCAAUUGACAAGGAAGAUAUUGAUUUUGAGUUUCUACUAGAGAGCUUUUCACGAUGCUAUUGUGGAAGUCGUGCCAUCUAUGUCGAAGGCAUUCAGUUUCUAGCCAUUGACAAUGUGAAAGAUGAAGAGAUCGAUGAAUUAAAGAAUGUCCCAAAAGUCUUGAAAUCAGACUUAAAUGUGGUCCAGUUGCAAAAAUUGCCAACUAAUUGUGAAGAAAUAUUUAAUGAUGGUGAAAAGAUUCUUUUGCUGGUGAAUGGAAAGAAACAUCUUAUGCUUUCAGCGAAGGCGGCUCUUUUGGAAUAUCCUAAUGCAAUGCCAUUUCAAAUGAAACCAUCAACGCAAUCCAGAUUCGGAGAGGAGAUCGAGCUCCUACCACAGCAAGUACUUCGUAUCAAUUGCAGGAUAAAAAGCGAAUGGUUAUCCGGAGAUACGGAAUGCCCAAGGCCUUGGAAUUUACAUGAUACAAAUCAAGCUCCAAAACAACGGGCCGACGGAUGGAUGGAGGUUAGGGUUUGGAAAUUGAACUCAAAGCACAAACUUGAAAAUGAUCAUUUUCAUGUCAAAUUGAAACUAAUUAUUUACGAGGGGACUAUGUCAGGCCUUAUCUUAUGUGGUCUGGAAUUUCGAGCAAUGUAA